AUGGGACGGCUACAACCAACAGUCGUUAUUACUCCCCAGGCAAACAGACGUUCGGACCGGGCCAAGAAGGCAAAGGAUACUGUCAACAAAGUGAUUCCGGAUAUUCUCAAGUCGAGUCCAAGGGCCAGACAUGGCGUCCACAAUGCUGUCUUGACGACCGAUCCCAAAGUGGAAAGCGGCACCGACAAGUCACCGACAUCAAACUUGACGAUCAGACUCUGUAACACGGACUCUCUUACUGCAGCUCGUCGCCUAACUCACUCGUCUCGUCGGCAAUCUGCAGCUGCCGCGUUGGCAAGUUCAAAGCAAGCGACCAGGUCUACCAAUGUUUGCAUCCUCAACAUGGCCUCUCCUCUGCGCCCUGGUGGUGGGUUUUUGGACGGCGCAACCAGUUCCGAAGAGUUUCUCUGUAUGCGUACCACCUUGUACGCUUCUCUCUGGGAUGACUUUUAUCGGCUACCGGAAGUGGGCGGAGUCGUGACUCCCGAUGUCUUGGUGCACAGAGAUAGUACACCAGAAGCAGAAGACCUACCAAAGCGCGAACGUUUCUUUGUUGAUGUCAUCAGCGCGGCCAUGAUUCGAUUCCCAGAGACCAACAGUGCUCGCAUUGCCGAGAAGGAGGAAGCCGAAGGCGGCUGCUCAUGUGGUGUGAGUUAUUGCGACCGUGACCGUGAACUCGUAACACACAAGAUGCGUGGCGUGCUUCGCAUGGCGCAAACUCGUGGAGCUGAAAAGCUCAUUCUUGGAGCGUGGGGUUGCGGUGCUUAUGGAAACCCUGUACGCGAAGUCGCAAAGAUCUGGAAGCGCGUCAUACUUGGUACUACCAGAAAGGCGGAGUCCUGGCCAGGCAUCAAGGAGAUAAUUUUCGCCAUCACCGACCGUGGUCAACUCAAGGAAUUUGAGAAGUGCUUCGGAGAUGUCUUGGCCAAAGAAUCCAUCUCACCACCUGCAGAGGUGACACCCGAACCACAGGCUACUGGCGCUCAAAGUCCUACUUCGGAGCUCAUCUCGGAGCUGGUAUCCAAGAUUCAAGAAACUGAGCUUCAGCUCGACCAAAUCUCGAAUCCUCGAAGUAAAGCUCGUCUUCGGGACGUAUUGGCCAAUCUA